AAUCAAGUUCUCUUCUUGACUGUCAUCAUGGGCCACGGAAAUUCUGACAAGCUCUAUAUCACCCAUGCUGAGCAUGCUGGUAUGUUUGGCUCCCAUUCGGCCUCUACAGGCUUCCAGGCCAAGCAAGAGGCACCUCAUCCUGGAGCAAGGACACCUUUCGACUGCUGUGCUCUUUCUUUCCAGCCAUUCAGUCAUCCUGUUUGUGCUCGAAAUUCAGACGGUACUGGCCAUGUGUUUGACUUGGUGAAUAUCAUUCCCUGGCUCAAACAACACAACAACACCAAUCCCAUAACAAAAGAACCUUUGACGCCCUCUGAUCUCAUUACGCUGCAUUAUUCCCGUAAGGAGGCAUCAGGAGAGAUACACGACCCCAUAUCCUUCAAGCCUUUCAGCGAGCAUUCUCACAUUGUGGCUAUUGCGACCACCGGGAACGUGUUUCUGGCGGAGAGCAUCAAGGGUGGCAAGGAUCUUGUCAACGACAUUCCCUUCAAGAAAGCAGACGUCAUAACGCUGCAGAACCCUCAUGGACUACCCCCGGCGUCUGUGCCAAGUAAAGUCGCAUCAGCUUCUGCACCCACAAAGACUGUUGCUGCGAAGGCACCCGCCAACGCUGUGCCAGUCAAGACCAAGGAACCGGUACCUUGGAAUAUCUCACCUUAUUCGAGCGGUCUUCCUGGCGCGUCUCUAACCUCCACUUCUGUUGACCCUCAGACUGGUCCAACAAACCUCGUGUGGGAUGAGGAAGAAUUGAUGUUCGAAAGCAUAUCAAACCCACCCAAAAACAAGGGUAAAGAAAAAGACGUGGGUAAACGUCGAGCGUAUGUGCGUGUCGUGACAAGUUUGGGUGGUACCAGUUUGAAUUUAGAGUUGUAUUGCGAAAAAGCCCCAAAAACAUGCUAUAACUUCCUGAUGCUCGCGAGGGCAGGAAAAUAUAAUAACUGUCUAUUUCACCGUUUGGUCCCAGGUUUCAUGAUACAAACUGGUGAUCCCACUGGCACGGGUUCUGGGGGAGAAUCGUACUGGGGUACUCCGUUUCGUGAUGAAUAUGACUUGAAGGGGGCGGCAAGACAUGAUGGACGCGGCGUUGUAGCUAUGGCUAACAAAGGUGCUGGAACCAAUGGUUCCCAAUUUUAUGUGACUUUCAAAGCUGCACCCCAUCUUGAUAAAAAGCAUACCGUUUUUGGGCGACUGGUUGGCGGAGAAGACGUUCUUGACGCCUUAGAGCGUCUACCGCGCAAAGAGGGUACCGAAAGACCUGCUAAGCCCGUGCGGAUAACGGAAGUCGUCAUCUACCAAGACCCUUUUGAGGAGUACAAAACGCGGCUGGCGAAGAAGUUGGCUAAACGCGCUGAAACAGAGCAAAAUGGGAAUUCACAAAAAGCCCCAGAGAAGAAAGAGGGUGAUGAUGUUAACUGGUUUGGCACGCGAGUAGGUACGAAUAGUACUAUCUUUGGGUCUGGGGGUGGGACGGGCGUCGGGAAGUAUCUGAACUCGGCGAAGAGACCAAGUGAAACCCUAGGCAGCGGUGGCGGCGGCACAGAGGAGGUGAAGAAGAAGCGCAAGAUUGGCUUCGGGAAUUUCGAGGGUUGGUGAGUGUUAUGGGUGUCCUGUG